GCGCGCUUGCGCCCUGACGCGGCGGCGGCGUCGCGCCUGGAGAAAGGCGGAGCGGCCUGCUGUGUAGCCGUGAGGCGCCCCGGCGAGCCUGCUUGUCAGCGGCUUCUUGAGGGUGAGGGGACGGGGGCGGCGGCGGCACCACCACCACCACCAUGAGCGUCGGAGGCUCGGACCGGAACGAGGAGUUCCACCAGCAGCUGCGGCUCCAGGAGCUCUACGGGGGGGAGAAGGAAGGCGACGAAGACGCGCUCACCUACACGGACUCGGCCGACGGGACCCAGUACGAGUGGGACCGCGAAAAGAAGGCCUGGUUCCCGAAGAUCACUGAAGACUUCCUGGCAACGUAUCAUGCUAACUAUGGCUUCCCUACAGAAAACUCAUCUGCAUCUGUUAAAAAGACUGAAUCCAAACCACCUACGGAUUCAAAGUCAGCCAGGAUCCAGCAGCCAGGAGAGCCAAAGACCUCACAGCCAACAGAUCCUAAACAAAAAGGAGAGAAACGAAAACCUGACGCAGGGUGGUUUCAUGUCGAAGAACAGAAAAACACAAAUGUGUAUGUGACAGGUUUACCACCAGACAUUACGACAGAUGAGUUUGUACAGGUUAUGUCAAAAUGUGGUAUCAUUAUGCGUGAUCCUCAAACAGAGGAGCCUAAAAUUAAACUUUACAAAGACAAAGAAGGAAAUCUUAAAGGAGACGGGCUCUGUUGUUAUUUAAAGAGAGAAUCUGUUGAACUUGCAUUAAAAUUAUUAGAUGAAAAUGAAAUCAGAGGCUACAAACUGCAUGUAGAAGUUGCCCAGUUUCAGCUGAAGGGGGAGUAUGAUGCCAGCAAGAAGAAGAAGAAAUGCAAAGACUACAAGAAGAAGAUGUCUCUACAACAGAAACUGCUGGAUUGGAGGCCAGAGAAGAAAGCUGGUGCCGUUCGAUUGCGGAACGAGCGUGUUAUCAUGAUCAGGAACAUGUUUCACCCCAAAGAUUUUGAGGAGGAUCCCCUAGUGCUAAAUGAAAUCGGAGAAGACCUUCGGACAGAAUGUGAAAAGUUUGGACAAGUAAAGAAAGUCAUUAUAUUUGAUAGGCAUCCAGACGGUGUUGCAUCAGUGGCAUUUAAAGAGGCAGAAGAGGCUGAUGUCUGUAAACAGGCACUCAAUGGGCGAUGGUUUGGUGGACGACAGCUCGCUGUCGAAACGUGGGACGGUGUCACGGAUUAUCAGGUGGAAGAGACUGCGAGAGAAAGGGAAGAGAGAUUGAAGGGGUGGCAGUCGUUCUUAGGUGAUCCUAAUACGGAGAAGCCAAAAGCUGCAUCUGACGCAGAUUCAUUGGAAACUGGCAAGCAGCCAGCUGAAGGAGUUCAGCCAUCUAAAGAUAAUGGUGCAUCUGAGGGUGGUCCGAAGGUUGAAGCCACGGAGACAAGAGAUAAUGGAGAAGGUGCCAAUGAAGACGUCACGGCAUCCACAGACAGCAGCGUUGUAGGCAGCGACGAAGAAGCAGAGACAUAACGUUAACUCUCUUGUCUGUUGUAAAAGCAUGCAUUUAGGGUAACCUUUAGACCUCUGUUAUCCUGUGCUUUGGAGCAACUGCAGGCAGCAUUCAAGUGAAUAUAUAUGCAUUUCCUUAUUAGGAUGUCAUCAACGUGCUUUUGAGGUAUUACGUUAAAAGCAGUAUUUAACAAUGAUCUUCUCCCCAAAAAUAUAUUCAUAUCUGGCUGCUGUUCAUGCUGUGUGUGUAUGUGUCAUAAGUUGCCAAGAGCCCUACUGAACUGACCGGCUGUCUUAAGUUGUAACCUUGCUUGUCAUUGUUCAAAGUCCAUCGGUGUAAUAGGUACAAACUCACAGUUCCCAUUAACAACACACCGGCCUUUAGAAAUAGAGGUAUGAAUGCUGGUUUUCAGUAUUUGCUCUAAUUCCCCUCCUCCCCCCGCCCUGCUGGUACUCUUCUUGUAUGGUAUACAUCUUUACCAUCCUUGGACACACCAGUAAGUACUUGGAUCAGCUGGUUUUCCUGAUAUUUUAAAAUAACUAAUAACAGAUAAUGGAGGAUGCAGCGUUGGCACUCUGAAUGCAUUGCCAUCACACUGUAAUUAGGAAAGAUCAACGAAAUGAUCUGGGAGUGCUGUCUUGGUUUAAGAAAGUUCUUCACAGCUCAAGCCCUCCAUUCAUUUGUAAGUCUAAGCUGAGGGGAGCUAGAUGACAAAUGGGCAAAAUAUGUAAAUAAGAAAGACUAAUCUUUGUUUUUAAAUUUUCCUUUUGAUUACAUGGAAAUAUGUAGAAAGCUUGUGUGUUGGAAGUGAUUUCCCCCCUGGUAUUACUGUAUUCAAAUAUAGUUAAGUUUCAGGCGUUUGUCAGGGGCGAUGAGUAUAUGGAGCCUGUUCUUUUAUACUUGGAAUGACCACAGGAGACACUAUGGAAUAAAAUUGUUUUGAGAUUCAUUCCCAGAAUUGUUGCCCAGAUUUCUAAAUACCAACACAGAUUUUUACAGAUAUUAGUCAUUCGGAAUUAGCAAAUGUUGGUUUUUAAAAAAAGCACUCAAAGUUUUGUAAACGUUGUGUCUGAAAACAUUUUCCAGUGCCCUUAACCAGGUUUCUCAGUGAGGCUGAACUGACACUUAAUGAGAAAAAGUGUCAUGUGUCAGGACAAGAAGGAGCAAUCGGUGAGUCUCCUCCCCUUCCCCAUUUGCAGGGGAGGGAAGGAGAGUAGGAACCCACACACACACCACUUCUAGUUUGUGAACAGGGCAACCAUGGUUAGUGAAAACCUUAGCCUGACCUCAAACCAGGAUACCAAACUACAGUUUAAUCCUGGUUUGAGAGAGAACUAAGGUUUGCACAAAUCAUGGUUUGCUGUUUCCUGGAGACGUUAGCAACCUAGAAAUGAAUGCUUCUCCUCUCCUCCCCUUGUGUGCUGCGGAGAGGACAGGGUUUGAGCGUAAUCCUAGUUGCCCCUUGAUUUCACAAAGAUGUUGUUGCGUCUCACUAGACUCUGUGCAUUCCCUCACACGGGAGUCUAGAAAUGCAGCACCGGUGAAAAUACUCGUUUGUACGUUAAAUGUAAGUAUUUAGCAUACCUGGUUUGUAUUUAGAAGUUGUGAUUAUGUUAAUAGAUUAUUUUUCAAAAGGUCUUAUUUGCAUCACGCUUGAACACUACUUGCUGCCAACAGCCGAAAACUGAGAAUUUGAGUAAACACCGAGCAAUCUAUUAUUAGUGUUAUUUUGAGAUAUUUGUUCCUCCAGACAACCAGAUUGCAAUUAAUAAAGGGUUUCUCCCUGCACACACAGCAGCUCCAGUGAAAGUGUAGUCAAAACCAUGGCAGGGCUUGGGUGUAAAGGCCAGGAUUUCCUCAUGCUAUUUUGUCGAACGUUGUGGAUGAGAUGGCGACAGUGAAUGAGAUUAUUUGAACUGAAAUAUUUUUGGUGCAAGUUUAGCUGCACUAGAUUUUAUUAACUAACUAGUGUGAUAGUUAACAUUAAAUAAAAUAUUUCUGGAAUUUAAA